GACCCCAGCUCAUUGUCUGUUUCCGUCUAAAAUCAGAUCGGGGUUGGAUGAAAAGUAUUCGGGGAAGCCCAGGAAACCCGAAUAUAUCUACACCGAUGAUCCCUGUUACAGUUGCAAAUAACCAUUAAAUCACCACAAUGUCUCUCGUUCUGCACCGGCUCUCUACUAACUCCAGAAAGAAGAGAACACACAUCACCGCAUUUGAAGAGGCCGACACGGUGAAUAAAUGCAGUGCACUCACGUACCGUGGCGGCGGAGCCAGGUGUUAGGGGAGGAGGGGAAAGGCAUGUUGAGGAAACGAAACCUAAAGCACCCCGACGUGUAAGCGGUUCCCUCUUUCUGGAGAAUAAUAAUACACAUCAAAUAGUCUGACAGACAGCAACAACAGCAAGGAAUGGCCUCUGCAAUCACUUCCUGGUCUGAGGAGAACUUUUCAUGUUCCAUCUGUCUGGAUGUGUUAUGCAGUCCAGUUUCCACACCAUGUGGACACAACUUCUGCAGAACCUGUAUUACAAAGUACUGGGAUGAACAAGUCAAGUACAAAUGUCCUGUUUGCAACAAGCUUUUCGACACAAGACCUGAUCUACAGGUCAAUACCCUCUUAUCAGAGAUGGUUGAUCGGUUUGGAACAUCCGUAAGAGUAAGAGAGCAGCCUUAUGUUGAACCAGCUGAAGUUCCCUGUGACGUUUGUACUGGGACCCAGCUGAAGGCUGUGAAGUCCUGCCUGGAGUGCUUUAUGUCGUUCUGCCAAACCCACCUGGAGCCACAUCAGAGAGUCACAGUUUUGAAGAAACAUCGGCUGGCCGAGCCUAUGGACCGUCUGGAAGACCGGAUGUGUAAGAUACACGACCGACUUCUGGAGCUCUUCUGCCAGACUGAACAGGUGUGUGUGUGUCAGUUCUGCACAGGGGGUGACCACAGGUCCCAUCCUGUUGUACCUCUAAAGGAGGAAUAUGAAGUGAAGAUGGCCCAGCUGGGGAAGAUAGAGGCUGAAGUCCAGCAGAUGAUCCAGGAGAGACAAAAUAAUAUUCAGGAGAUUAAAGACAAAAUAAAAUGCAGCAAAGCAGAUGCAGACAGAGAGAUAGCCGAUGGUGUGCAGGUCAUCACUGCUCUGAUGCGCUGCAUUGAAAGGUGCCAGGAUGAUCUCAACCAAAUGGUUAAAGAGAGACUGAAAUCCACUGAGAAACAAGCUGAAGACCUCAUCAAAGAGUUGGAGCAGGAAAUAGAAGAUCUGACCAAUAGAAGCUCAGAGGUGAAGCAGCUCUCACACACUAAAGACCACCUACACUUCCUCCAGGCCUUCAGAUCCCUGAAGGAUCCUCCACCCACCAGGGACUGGACGACGGUGGAGGUCCGUCCUCCAUCAUACGUAGGGAUCUUGAGGAGAUCCCUGGAUCAGCUGGAGGAGACACUGAGCAUGGAGAUGAUGAAGCUGCAUGAUACUGAACUGAAGAUAGUCCAGCAGUAUGAAGUAGAUGUGACUCUGGAUCCUGAUACAGCUCAACCCCGUCUCAUCCUGUCUGAGGAUGGGAGACAAGUACAUGAUGGAUGUGUAGAGAGGAAACUCCUGGACAACCCUAAGAGAUUUACGAAGCAACUAUGCGUUCUAACGAGGCAGAGCUUCUCCUCAGGGAGAUUUUACUUUGAGGUCAAGGUUAAAGACAAGACUGGAUGGGGUUUAGGAGUGGUUAGAGAGUCCAUCAACAGAAACAGUUUCAUUAUAGUGACCCCUGAGACGGGUUACUGGACUCUUUACUACGAAGAGUAUGGGUUGUUAUUUAGUGAUGACCCUGAUGUCCGUCUCCCUCUGAGAGCUGAGCUCCAGAAGGUAGGGGUGUUUGUUGAUUAUGAUGAGGGUCUGGUCUCCUUCUAUGAUGUGGAAGCCAGGGUUCAUAUCUACUCUGCUACUGGCUGCACCUUUAGUGAGCCUCUCUGUCCAAUCCUCUGUCCAAGUCUCUAUGACUAUAAAGGUAACAACUCUGCCCCCCUGAUCAUCUCACCUGUCAAUCAAACAGACUAGGACCUUUGUUUGAUAAUCAAAUAAUCAAACAACCUAAACAACUGAUGUUGUUUUCUGAAUUAGAAUCUCUACUAUGUGAGAUCUGAGAGAACUAUAUUGAUAUUGUACUUUUCACUCUAAUUUAACAGAUCAAUAAAUGAAUCCACUAACAUUGUGUAAUAUAAAAAAUAUAACCUAUUAUAAUUCAUACAACUAUGAACUCUUUCUGUAUUUUUAAUGUAAGAAAGAAAGUAAGUAAAUAACGUGAAAUGUUUAUUUUGAUAACAAUCUCAAUAUUUUUUUUAUAUUCUUUUAUUAUUUUGAAUGAUG